UAAUGUAGUUUGUGGGCGUUAGCUGUCGUGGAAUAAGUUUCUGUUUUCUGUAAAGAGAAAUUCAGAGAAAGUGAAAGUGAAACAGGCGAACAUGUACAGCACAUAAAUCGCAGAUGAGGACCGUGAUGUAUCCCCUCAGACUUGUUGUGCGUAUCAUGGCCUGGUUUAGUUACAUCCGACCUUAUUCUUUUUUUGAGUGGCUAUGGCGCAAACUAUGUUGUCUAGGGUGCUGUAUACGAAGAAGAAUCGGAUUUGUACCGAUACCUUGGCCUAAGAGCGUGGAGAGUCAAGGUAAGCCUGAAAAAAACGUAGAAGACCAACAAAAUUGCCCAGAGGAGAAGGUGGAGAAAAAGUUAGAGGAGGUGGUCGAGCAGUCUCGCUGUGAGGGUCAAAAUGAGAAUGCCGCCGCCGGUAAGAAGGCCGCAGACUCCAACCGAGAUCUCGCCUACAAGCGGCCGAGACAUGACGAAGAUGGUGAUGAGUUUGACAGCGAGGACGAGGAGUAUCGAGUUGAAACCACAGACGAGUUGUACUGUGGCUAUGACUCAACCUGGGAGAUCGAGACCGAGGAGCACCAGACGAACACAUUCAUGAGGAGCAGGCGACCAGCGGCUUCCAAACAUUACAAGUUCAGCAGAUUUGAAAAUGCUGCAAGAGACAUGCAGAACUACAGGCAUGACUACCCUCAGACCCAGAACAGGCCGAAACCCUUCAUGAAUCCAGUAUAUGAUGACAAGCCUAAUUUGAAGUUCUACCUCGGAUUAACGCCCUCUAUACCUGACGGUGUCUACAUAGACCAAUUCCACAUUGAAUGGUACGCCAAGUAUGAUCAACUGGAGUUUGUACACUCCUACAUUCAAUGGUUGUUCCCACUGCAGGAACCAGGGAUGAACUAUGAGGCCAGUACUCUGACAAAAGAAGAAAUAAAGGAGUUUUGCCAAAACAGCUCCGCAAAGGCCAAUCUAUUGAAGUCGUACGAGCUCAUGUUGGACUUCUAUGGUAUCAGGUUGUGUGAUGAAAACACAGGAGAAGUCGAGAGAGCAUCAAACUGGAGAGACAGAUUUGAUAACCUUAACAGUCACACUCAUAACAACCUGCGCAUCACCCGCAUCCUGAAGUGCCAGGGAACCCUGGGGUAUCCUCACUACCAAGCCCCCCUGGUUCGCUUCUUCCUGAAGGAGACUCUCGUCCACAAAGAACUCCCAAAUGUCAAGGAGAGUGUUCUAAACUACUUCGUGUUUGCUGUCCUUGAUAAGAAACAACGCAGGAGGCUCCUCAAGUUUGCCUAUUUGAACUAUGACCGCAAAGAUGAGUUUGUGUGGUGCCCGAAGAAAAUUCAGAUGAUGUGGUCGGAGCAGUCAGCGUCAAAGCCACAAAAGCGAGUGAAAGGCAAAAAAGAGGUUUGUGAGUAUUUCAGUCUGGAUAAGGAAGAUGAAGCCAAAGACCAGACAAAUUAAGCUGCCAAAGCAUAAUUUGUCACUGUGCUCCAAAGCCAUUCUACAUACUAAUGUAUACUAUACUACACAGUAUGUACUACAUACUUAUCGUCAUAGAUUCAGGAACAGGACAUUAAUGCUGUGAUGUUAGUUGUCAAUCAAACUGCACCUUUGUAAUGCCAACGAAACUUCACAAAUAGAUAAUAUAUAAAAAAAUGUUUUACAGCAGUUAUUUAUGCAAAUGUUUCUGUUUACUUUAGUAUUCACGGUUGUUUCAAAACCUCUAUUCUUUUAUCCAGUUUGGUUUGACUUUCAAAAACAAAGUUGCAAUAUUUUGAACUAAAUAUGUUAAAUCAUAAAUAUGCAAUUGUAAUGUGCUUCUUUUGGUGUGGAUACAUUUGGACAGAUGGACAUUUUUUAAGAAUUGCUCAUCAGUUUUGACGGUCAAACAAUUGUCCAAUUUUCAUUGUCUAAAAUCUGUGGCUAAAAUGUCAAAUAGUGGUCAUGUACUCCCCCCCCCCCCCCAAGUUUUCUUUAUGUAUUAAUUAAAAAUGACUUAUUUGGUUCAAAAAAUAUUUCUUGUCUUUCCCUGAUGAGGUUUCUCCACCUUUUGCAAGAUGUAAAGCUACAUCUUCUGAGAUUGCAUUAGUAUGAUGACUUGUGUUGAGACCCCACCUGUGCUUAGAUAAAUGUGGAUAUGAACUGCAAUUAACAAUUUUGUGGUAUGA